AUGGAAGAAGCCAUGGAUUCCUCUGGUCCAAGUGUUACUGAGAUUCGUGGAAUACUGCUGGCCAUGCAGAAAAAUUUGGAAUGCCCAAUAUGCCUGGAGACAAUGAAAGCACCGGUCUCAGCGCAUUGUGCCCAUGUCUUCUGCAGGUUUUGCAUUUUGAAGCUUCUUGAACAAAAAAAAGGUAUAGCUAAGUGUCCUCUCUGCAAUGGCAACAUCUCCAAAAGCACUCUACAGGAAGAUGUCAGAUUCAAGCUUGUAAUCAAAGGGGUCUUGGAAGCCAUUGGUGCUUUGGAAUGCGAUACAGGAGUCAGUUUUGUAGGUGAUCAGUGUCCUCAUAAGAAAGCUGUGGAAACUACUUCCGCUGCAGUCUUGCAAGAAGAACCGACCAUCGUUGAAAGUAAAGGCUACAGGGGCAGACGGAAUGGAGUGAAAAAAGCAGAAAAGAGAAACAGCACCUUGCAGUGCAAAAGCUCCCAUUUGCCACUUCCCAACAGAACUGUCACAAGGUCCUCCCUGAGAAAGAAAAGCCACUCCAAUAAAACUGUCUGCUUUGAAGUAGAGUCAGACUCCUCUGGAGACCUCUUUCAGAAGACAUGCCCGGUCAGGCGUGUGGGUCUGAGAAGCAGUUCUCGGUCUCUAGAUGGCGAAAGGUGUGCUCAGAAGCGAAGCCGAAGCCCAUGUCAUGUGGCAUUUCAGGAGCUGAAUGGCGAAGACGUGGUUCUGUCGGGCACACCAGAUGCACGUGGUUUGUCUGAGGCAGGACCGGGUUGCACAGAAGGCAUCGGAGCCAGGAGCAGGGACUCUGUAAAAGAAAAUGCGGUGGUGGAGGAGAGCACAAAGAGAUCCCAACUGCUCAGCGAAGCCACAGAUCCUGACCCAAAUCAACAAGCAGGUAAUAAGGCGGAAAUGGUCAGCAAGGUGCAGCCUGCUGGAAGUGCGCAAGUUCACGACCUCACAUGUGAGGAUGAGCAAGAGCUGCAACAGCCUCAGGCUCCCCCCAAAGGUCCUUUGAGUCAGCUCUCUGGAAAGACUCUGAUCCAGAGCAUCCAGAAGGUCAACGAGUGGUUUUCAAAAAGCAAGGUCUUCUCUCCUGCCCCUUUGCAAGAUGUUAAUGCUGAGGAGGGGGAUCCAGAUCUAAACUCGUACCUGUCAGAUGCGGAUUCUCACGUCUUCCAAAAGACUGAACCGAGGGAAGACCAGUGGGAGGUGGCAGCAGGGUGUCAAACUGCCAGGCCUUGGUCCAAACCAGCUGCUUCCAGGAUGGUGGAUAAAAUAUUUGGGAGAAGGUACGGGAGAACACGCAAGUCCAACCCCAUUUGCAACGAGAGGGAAACAGUCCGUGUCCCAGCAGCGGAAAGCUGCACUGCUGUGAAUGCUGAAUCCUGUGAUACCCCCAUAAGAAAAAUCCCAGCACUGAAAAAGGCCACACAGGAGCUUUCGUUGGAGGUUGUCAUGAAAGAGCAAACUGCGAUGGAGGAGAGUGAGGGGGCUGGUGGGAAUACAAGUGCUGUUUUGGAAGAAGAUGGCCGCGGUCUUGCCGUGGUGGGUGGAACUCCCGGGGCAGUGCAAAGGCCAGCUGAACUUUCUGUUAAGGAAGGGGUGUCUGGUUUUGAACCGGAUGCCUCUCCUAUAUGCUGCCAGUCAUGCAACUCUCAAAAUCUGAAGAGGACAAGGAACUCUUUGAGCAAUAGAAGCCGGCGACCAGGCAGGCCUGUUUGUGCUCUGCAGUUAGCUAUGCAAUGUAGCUCUGGGUCACCUGAGAAGACCAAGGCACAGGAAGGCAGCAACCCAGGCAACAAGGAGGCGAGGGAAGCCAGCACAGACCAGACGCCUGUUAGGCGCAGCAAGAGGCUUCUGUCUUGGGCAGAAGGAGAGCAGAAGGGGAGUGAGCCGGGAAAGAAACGAAGGAAGCAGCUGGAUGAGGGAGAGCAGAAGCGACAGGAGACCCAAGCAGGGCAUGCGCCUCCCUGGGUAGCAGAAGGUGGCCCCAGCAUUUGGCAGGGCAUGGCAGGGGAUGCAAGCAAGGCCUUUCCUGAUGGACAGGGUUCUCUUAGUGUUGAAUGCCCCACAGAGAGAGACAGUCUUUGUGGCAUUGUCCCUGAUGCCACUUCCCAAGGCAGUUGCUUGCCGCUGCAGUAUCAUCUUGCGGAGGGGGAACAAAGUGAUCGUACAGCCGAAGAGUUCUCUGCAGUGCCUCAAGCCGAGUACAGUGCCCUGUGUGCCCAGGCACCAGAGAGAAAGAGCCCCAGAGCGUGUGAUGAAGCCGUAGGGGAUGAGGAGUUGAAUUCGGAAACCGAUGACAGCGAAUUGGACGCAGUCUUCAUGGGGAAGAUGUUCCGCUGCUGCAAGCGCAAAUCGUUCUUGCUGCAUCCAGCUCCGUCAAAGAAACCUGCUGCAGGAACCCAAACAGAGCUGAGCAUUGGCCGGCUGGAAAGCAGCGAGGCCAACCGUGGAAAGAUAUCAGCCCCAGGCACAGUUGGUGAGGAGAGAAAAGAAGCUGCCGCCAGCAGGGUGGCCAACGGCUCUGCCGGCCUGAGUCUGGUGCCUCAUCCACCCCAUUCCUGUGAUCGAGGGAGUGGGUCAAAACAUCUCCGGGUGGUUCCACAAGCUUUCUACCCAAAUAAUUCAUGCAUGCCAGUAGCAGCUAAGGAGGCUGAGAGCGGAAAUCCGCUGCAGAGUCAAAAGCCAGCAAGUGGCGAGAGAGAGUCCUCAGAAAUGGGGGAAACUUCCAAUACACGCGACUGUAGCCGUGGAAGCUCAGGUCUCUGGAGAAGUGGCAAGUUCCGAGGCACCAGUUUACCCCUUGCUGAUGAGACAAGCUCCAACACAGCCCAGUUUUUAGAAACAAGACCUGAAAGUGACAGAAAUAAGACUUUGGCCUGCAGCUUCUGCUCAGAACUGAUCCAGCCAUUUCCUGUUGCUCGUCAGCUCUGGCCUUCUGAAUCCAGACGUGGCAGCAUGGAGAAGGAAUGUGGAGUUGGGGAACAAAAGCCGCUAAAGGGCCCUGGGGAACAAACUGUCCAGAUGCUCAGCACGGGUGUUUCUGAAGGGCAUUCGGAACAGUCCGCUAGGGGUGAGAUUCCUGUCUUCUCAUUGUUAUCAGACACGCCUGAAGGCUUGCUGGGCCCUGCUACUGAAAGCAAUGGGUGCUCGCUUAAUCCUCGGGAGGUGGACCAACAGGAAACCUCAACCGUGUUUGCCAAAACUGACCAAGGCAGCCCCCUUGAGGAAGACCUGGAAUGCAGCAGUAGCAGUUCUGGGUCAAUGCCUGAAGGCCUGGCUCAAGCAUGCCGAAGACGGGUGCAGAAGCUGUCUUCCUCCAGUGAUGAUGAGUUGCCGUGCUUUCAAGCGCUGGUGUUUGGUCGGUCAGCAAGCACACCCUCACAGCCGAGAAGAGAGGAGGAGGAGGCAUCGGCAGAGAUUCUAGCCCAGAGGGGCAGCAGUCGAAGCAGCCCCAAAUCCCAGGGUGAGGGCGGCUCUCCGAGCCAGGAGUCAGAGGACUCAAUGAACUUGUUUUCUUCUGAGUCUCGUGCCUCUGAGGACUCCACCAGGAAGGCUUGUGACACAAGACCCUUGACACCACUUCCCACUUCCCAAGGAAAGGUGAUGACUCCAAGAACAGCCACAGGACAACUGCGAGAUGGACACCGAGACUGUAUAAAUGCAGAGCCCAAGUUAGGUGAAGCUUUGGGUGACGACAGUGAAUUUAGCCACCUGGGGGAUUCAUCAGGCUUCUCCUCACAGAGUGAGAUGCUCACCACACAGCAAAAAGAUGCCAUGCAGAACAACUUGAAGAAGCUCCAGCAGGAGAUGGCUGUUCUUGAGGCAGCCCUGAAGGAGGGAGGUCAAGGUGCCUCUGCAGAAGGGUUGCCGCUACCAUGUGAGGAAAGCGUUUUCGCUGGAGGACAGACAUGCUCAGCAAGGGAACACAUUUCAUAUUGUCUGGCCACAAAGCCAGAGAGGGGUUCUUCUGUUGCCAUUCAGGACAUAUCAAGUGCUCCAGAACAUGAGUCCCAGGGAAGGCCAGUCUCUCCCUUUGCCGCCACCACCACAAUCUGUAGUGGUAGAAAAGAGAAUUCCAAGAGUCUGCUUUGGACAAGCAAGAGGAGUAUGAUGUCUCUGGUGACGUCACGUCUGUUCCCGGAUGAGCUGCAACUGAUUCAGAAGUUUGCCAGGGAAACCGAGAGCACUUGGUCUAAUACCUUUUCUGAAGACACAACCCACGUUAUAAUGAGAACCGAUGAGGAUCUAGUAUGUGAGCGGACCCUGAAAUACUUCCUUGGCAUUGCGGCACGGAAAUGGGUGGUAAGCUACGAGUGGGUACUACAGUCACUGAAGGAAGGAAGAGUCCUAAAUGAGGGGGACUUUGAAGUGAGAGGAGAUGUUGAUUAUGGGAGAAAUCAUCAAGGGCCCAAGAGAGCGAGGGAACCUUCUACUGGAAAGCUUUUCCAGGGCUUGGAAAUUUGCUGCUAUGGGCCAUUCACAGGCAUGCAAAGAGAACAACUGGAGUGGAUGGUCGAAUUGUGCGGUGCCUCCCUCGUGAAGCAACCUCACUUAUUCUCAUGCUCAGCAGUAAGUGACUCUGUCGUGGUCAUUCAGCCCGAUGCUUGGGUGGAAGACUCUGGCGGCCAAGGAAUUCCACCUCCCUGCAGUGCUAUUGUAGUAGCCCGUGACUGGGUUCUGGACAGCUUGUCAUGCUACCAGCGCUUGACCUUUGAGGAAUACAUCGUGCAGCAGCCAUGA